AUGGAUGGCUCGAACAUCGAAGAUUUUGAUCUUCCCGUUUUCUUGCAACAAGCCGAUGAGCACUCACACUCCCAUACCCAUCAUCCGACCAUCAGAAGCACAACCUCCGUUACACAACUCCUUGAUCUAGGGAAAAGUGACGUGCCAAUUCUGCACGAAAUUCUCGACUCGUGGGAAACAAAUCACCGAACGGCCGGCUUUGAUCCAACACCAUUGGUGGAAAAAGUGGCUGAGCUGCUCGAGAAAGCGAUGAACUAUUUCCUUGAACAAGACCCGGAUCCAUUGGAUGAGCGACAUCCAAGCAAAACUCAUCCCCAACAUCCAUACGGAAUUCUUCUAAAGCAUUUGUAUCGACACGAUGAUUUCAUGCAUACGUUAGUCGUCUCAUAUAUCUUUGGAAGAGACAAUCUCCCACUGACAAUCGCCGCAUCGAGAGUCCUCUUGAGCAGUGUUCCCGGAAUGGAUCGAACCGUUUUCUCGGAUCCCGACAGCUUGCUUACACAAAUAUUCACGUGGGCCGAACGGAGUGACUCGCAAGUGUUGAAGGCGUACGCGAUGGGAUUGCUGGCAUCAGUGAUGGAGGUUCAAGAAACCGCCUCAAAAUUUCGUGAGCACAACGCCCGCUUGAUACCGAUCGCACUGAGGCGUUUGACUGAACUGAAAGAUGAAAUGAUUGCUCAACACGAAAAGCUCGGUGAAAACAAUCACAGUGGGGAAAAGAACGAGACAAAAGCCGGGACAUCAAGUGAGGAUGGGCCAUUUGCGAAUGUUGAUCUGAUGGCUGAUUCCACAGUCAACCAUGCUCCAGGAAAUCUUCGAGUGACUGCAACGAAACCAGAAUAUGAUCCAAGUCUUUCGGCGUCGAUCCGCGUUCCUCAAGCCAAAGUGUCCUUGCCCAGUCGAACCAGUCCUCCGCCGACGAAACGCCGGAAAAUUGAAGAAGCCUUUUCCACCUCGGACUUGGCGAUUUUCCCUCAAGCGGACGACAGUGUGCAAAGUAAUUCCAAUUGGUAUCACCAAUUACCGCUUCUUAUUGGAAAACAUCAGGUUCAUCCAUUGACCAUCGAGAUGCAUCAGAGAUUCAUCCUCCAAUAUCUCACUCCAACUGGGGAAUAUCAAGAUCUGCUCGUGAAAGCCUAUGAAGGUGGUGCUUUGCCGUUGAUUUUGGAGUACUUGGAUCUACGAAAAACGAGGGAUGUUCGAUUGACUUUUGAUGCAACGAGGUACGUCGCCUCUCUGCUCGUCCACAGAAAGUUCGCGAUCGAGUUUGUGCAAAUGGGUGGGGUCGAGGCGUUGCUGAAGAUUCCGAAUGGAUGUCUGGCUGCAGUCGGUGUGGCCACUUGUCUGUAUUACCUCGCGUAUUCCGAUGAUGUCAUGGAGACUUUUCUCUCGCAACGCCCCGAAAACACAAUCGACCGACUUGUCGAUUAUGCAUUGUGGUGUGUCGAGCAUUCGUAUGAAAGCGGGAUGGCCAGUGCUUGUAUGUUUUUCACACAUGGUGUCCGAUUUCGACCGAUUCUUGAGAGAUUCGAUCAACGAGAUGGACCACGGAUUAUUAUGAACUAUUUAACAACGUUGUCGAUGAUGGUCGAAUUCGAGGGAAACGAGAUUAAACCACUAACGGAUGACCUGAUACAUACUUCGAUGCAAACUAUUCGCAAUGUUGCCUCAUGUUUGAAGAGCUAUCUAUCUUCACAUUUUUACCUCAAAUUGGAGCAAAUUCGUCGGCUGGGUCGAGCGGCACUCCCGCAUGGAUAUGGCUGCACGUUUCCGGGGGCAAUCCUGCACGAUACACCAACUUUGAAGCCAAUGAUUCUUGACGAUGAAGGUUUGAGUGCCGGUGUUUGGACGGUGGCCUGCGCUUUACGAAUGGACAAGGGAACGCCUUGGAGACCGGUAGAAGAUUUGAGGGCAACGGGGGUUGCCCGGUACAUGCUACACAUCGUCGACCAAACACCGACUAUUGAAAUCGUGCCAAUUAGCGGUCGACACGAAGUGUGCAAGAAUGCGAUCGAAGUGCUUUGGAUGCUGGCCACGUUGCCGAGUUCUCAGCUGGAGUACGCAGAGCGAUUACAGCUGAAAGGACAUAUAGGGUGCUCGCUGUUGAGUCACAUCACCGAACUUUGUGGCAAAGAUGCGAACUUUGGAGAAACGGGUUUCAUCGCCCUGCAAAUCCUGCAACUCAUUGUUUGCGCACCGCCAUAUUCCGAAAGCAAGAUAUUCGGCUCACAAACUCCGGGAAAAUCAAGUGUAAAUCCGGAUCGAAAGUCAAAAAACAAGGGUUCAUCGGUGACCACAGAUUUGCUGGAACGAAUGUGGGAUGCGAUUCGGAAUGCCAACGGGAUUAUGAUCUUGACCAAUGCCAUCAGUGAUCCACCUACGAAUCCUUCAAAAGAUCGAGCUCGUUUGGCCGCUUGCAGGGCACUACAGGGAAUUGCCAGAAACGCUGAAGUCAGGCAACUAUUGAGCAAGCUGCCGAUUGUCAUGAACAAUGAACUUCAAACUUAUCUCCGAGAAUUGGUCCCAUCCGAGAGUCGAAGUGACUAUGGUCGUUUCUGCAAAGAGGCCAAGAAAUUGAUCGAAGUGGUGACCGGCCGACCAGUCAGAGAUCCCAAAGAUUUGACGCAAGAAAGAAUGGUCAAACAAGCGAUCGUCGCAUCCACUCAUAUCACCUACGAUGAACAAGAGCUCUUGGAGUUGAUUCAUUCGUAUUUGAAGGGAAAGGGAUUAGACAAAGCUGCCGAUCAGCUCUCCCAAGAGGCAAAUUUGACGGAGAGGACGAGUAACGCUUUGCAAAAACCGAUCAAAGCCAUUGCUCAAUUGCCAUCGCGAACCGAUUUCAUGUCGCAUGUCGUUCCGCGCCCAACUUUGAAAGUUGAUGCGGGACCGGCGAAUUUCAUUGGCGGAAUCACCACAACACCGACGAAUUUCAAAAACCCAGCUAAGGAAAAUUUCCUUUUCGCCACUCCAGCAACCCCUAUCACCGCUAAAGCAAAACGGGAAGCAAGAAGCACAAAAUCCCGCUUGACAAAAGAGAUGGGGUCGUUGGAAGAGAAGAAGACAUUGGAUGGGGUCAUUGUUCAAUAUUUCAAAAUGCAACACUCGGAAUGCGCUCAGCCCGUCUCGAUGUGUCCACCAUUCUCACUUCUACGAAAUCAUCGUUGCCCGGAGGUGCCGGAGAGAAAUUCGAUUCCGAGCCACGUUGUCGCAAAUACGAGUGCGAGAUCGGUGAAAAAUUGGAAUAACAGAACUCGACUUUUCCGGGGCUAUGACCGCUUCCUGCAUUCACGCUUCCGAGCAGUGAAAACUUUCCUUGAACAAGAUGAAAUGUACACAGCGGCCUCAUUUUCGAUCGACGACGAGCACAUAAUUGUCGGAAUGUACACAGGCGAAGUGCAUUGGUUGAAUGUUGAAAGCACUCAAGAAGAGAGUCACACAAAUUGCCAUCAUUCAGCAAUCACACAUAUUGAGCCGAGUCAGGACGGCAGCUUAUUGCUCACUUCUUCUGCCUUCAUGCCUCCAUAUUCAUCUCUGUGGCUCCUCGGGGAAUCACAAGAACACUUACAUGACUUCGCGGUCGAAUUGUACACAGAAUUCGCGAAUCAAGGCUCGGAUAGAAUCCUUGGAACAGGUUUCUGCUUGAAGAAAGCGGCAACAGUGGCAACGGUAUUUGACACUGAGACUAGGACACCGAUUGUGAAACUGUGGACAGAGGGAGAGAAAAUGCGUUAUCGCAAGAACGUUGCUCAUUUUUCUCCGGAUGAUUCGUGCAUUCUGCAUGAUGGUCGCCUUUGGGACAUUCGGACAUCGGCUCGCCCGCUACACACGUUUGACAAACUGAACUCGAUCGUUUCCGGUGUAUUCCAUCCACACGGAAAUGAAGUGAUCAUCAACUCUGAAGUGUGGGAUAUGCGCACGUACCGCUUGCUCCUUUCUGUGCCAACACUGGAUCAGUGUAAUAUCAAAUUCACUUCUAAUGGCUCAAUCAUGUAUGCCAUCAAAAGGGACGGUAAUCGAGAGGAUUGCUCAAUACAAGAUAUGUACACAUCCAGCUUCACGACUUUGGACUCAGUCUCUUAUCAACAAUUAUCUUCGGUAAAUGUGCGGCGGCCGAUCCUUUCGCUUUGUCUCGAUCACGCCGAUCAACGAGUAGCCGUUGUGGAGAAAACAUCGAAGACGGAUACGGAUGAUUUGUUAACGCAAGAAUCGUCGGCUGUUAAACUUUAUGAGAUUGGUAAAAUUCGAGUACCGGAAGAGGACAUCGAUGAUGCGGACGAAGACGCGGAGCCAGAGGUGGACGAUGGGAACAGUGACUUCUCGAGUUCGUCUGAAUCAAGCGAUUCAUCGUCUGAUGACGAUGAUGAUGAUCAAGAUGAAGAUGAUGAGGACGAGGAUGAUGUUGAGAGUACGACAAGUGUUGAAGAAGAGAGUUCGGAUGAGGAAGGAUGGGAGGUGGACGGGGAAGCGAGUGCGGUGGCGAGUGGGGAAGCGGCUGAAGAUCAGCCCAUGGAACAAGAGGAGAGUGAGAAUGAAGACGGAGAUGAAGAGGAAGAAUCGGAUGGAGAAGAAAACGAUGAAAGUGAUGAUAGUAGGGAUAUAUUGGAAGCAUUCAUGGAUGAGGAAGAAGACGAUGAUGAGACUUUCCAAGAAGAAGAAGAUUCGAGGGGGCAUGGCAGCUCAACGAUCGUUUUGAAUCCGCACCUCAGACGGGCUCGACGGCGGGCAGCUUCGGAAAGGGAUCCUCAA